AUGAGAGUGUUUAAAGAUGAUGAGAUGAUUGCAGAGAUAACUGGAACUGAGGUGGGCGCAUCUAGCUCUUUUGAAGAAGCUAUUCUACAUCCAUUUAUGAAUUCAUACUGAAUUUGCUUUUCAAGCUUUCAGGUCUGAAAUCGAGGACUGCAAGAGGGGCUCACAUUUGAGGCAUUGCACUCAGGCUCUCAAUUCAAGCGCACCCUGCAGGCUUCCAGUUGAUGUUACGAGUUCAUGUUGCCAGGUCAUGUUCCGAGGUCAUGUUGCAAGGACAUGGUGUGAGGUCAUGUUCCAGUUUCAUGUUCUACGGUCAUGUUCCCUGGUGAUGUAUGGCAAUAAUGGUCCGAGGUCAUGGUCAGAGGUCACAUUCUGAGGUGAUGUUCCCAGGCCAUGGUCUAAAGUCAUCCUUUGGUGUCAUGUUCCACGGUCAUGUGGCGUGGUCAUUUACGGCAGUAAUGGUCUGUGGUCAUGGUCUAAGGUCAUUGUCUGAGGUCAUGUCCCUAGGUGAUGUCUCAAGAUGAUGUUCUGAGGUCAUGUCCAGAAUUGCAAGAAAUAGCUUGUCAUGACACUGAGAGUGGCAUUUUGAACAUCAACUGAGAAGUUUGUGCUUUUUUGGCUGGCCCCGGAACACUGCUUGGUGUGACACACUUCUUGCUGAAACACCCACACACUUCUUGGCCUCCAAUGUGGGGAAGAAUUCUAACCUGUUUUAUGAAGAUGUAAGUGACAGAGCGACAAUACUGACCAAGGGCUUAGGUUGCCGUUUGGUAGACAAGAAAAAAAAAACCAUUAGGAAAUUAUGCAGAAUUUCUCCUGGUCACCUUGCCAUAGGUCCUCAUAAAAGCACUCCUCCUGAAUAAGUUUUCUGAAAAUACCUUUAGGGUUGAAAAGAGUGCCCUUUCCUUUAGAAAAUCAGCUUAACAGCACCCUCUUCCCCUUUGAAUAGGUACUCCUUCUAUCUCCUCGACCAUACCUUGAGUUUAUUUAUGUGCAAUGAACUAUACUAUAAAAAAAGACUGAAAGACUGCUAGUAAAAUGUAAAAGGGAACUUGGUAUUGUAGCCAAAAAUUUUCUAGGGGAAAAAGAAGAAUAGAAGUGAAAAGUGCUGUAUGUAGUGAAAUGAAAAGGUCGGUUAGUACUAGGUGCAGUGGUAUAAACAUUUACAGGUGUUGAAAGUUAAUUUCCAUGGUACAAGUUGCUCUCCCUGUUGAUUAUUUUUAGAUUGCUGAUGGAGCAAAUGCAAUUGUGAGAGGUAGACUUGGAUCUUUUGAGAAUCUUUUGGGACUGAUGGUGGAAAUUUUUCUAUUGGAGGAUUUGGAUGAUGAAGGGAAUGACAGAUCCUGGACAGUAAGUAUUGGCAAGUGUAAAUUGAAUUCAACAGGGCACUGGACACCUUAUACUGCAAGACCUGUGGGUGGUGAGGGAAGGGUAAUGGGGGAGAGGGGUUUUAUUACAUCUGUUGUGGAGAUACAGCCUCUCUCAGUAAUUUGUGCAUUCAGAUAG